AUGCAAAACACCGCCGAAGACAUCUCCCACCAGGCCACCGGCCACAAAGCCAACCUGAGCAACCCCGUCCGCAGCUCCGUCUUUCCCUCCUCUAUUCACCCAUCUAACAUCACCAUCACAGAACACUUCCGAAGCUUCAAAGCAGCACAGCAAGCAAGUACUCGAGCANNGCUCGGUGGCGAACAAGCCUUCUACGGCAAGCAGGGUGAAGGCGACAUUGAGCAGAACCCUGGCAAUGUUGCUGGUGGCUUGAAGGCGUGA